AUGGAUGGUGUCUUUUUUGCCGUGCUGUUAUUCUUGGUCCACCCCGCAGCAGCUGUUUCUACCGAUGAGCCCCGUAAUGGUGCUUGUCGUGAUAACAGAGAAGAAUUUGGUUUUGCGUUAAUUGGUCAUGACUAUAAAUCCUUCCACGCUGACAAUUUUGGUCGCUGCUUUUUUAAGUGUAGUAUUGAGGAAAUAUGCCAAAGCAUAACGUUUCUCUGGAACAGUAAAGAAUGUAAAAUGAAGAACGAAACAAAGAGAUCAAGACCAGCAGAUUUUGUGGAAAAUUCAGCUGCUACGUACAUGGAAAAUUCUUUCCGAGGUAUGAUGUGUCUUGUAUAAUGAAGAGCCACUAGAGCUAGUUUUAACCGGGAAAGUGAUAAAAAAAACCCGAAAACUUUGCUACGAACUGCGGCAGUGGUUAAAACUUUCUUUGAGGUAAUUCCCUUGAUUUGAACUGCGCUUUACUUAGUGCGCAUAACUGACUUCAAAGGUGGUGGUGAUUUUCACUUGUGGCCAAAAAAGAGGUAACUAAGGCCCCGUUUGCAGUCCCAAUACUUUUAAUAGCGAUUUUGAAGAUUCUAAGUUUGUCUUGAAACUUGCCCCUGUCUCAUUGCGCAAAACGAUCAUUUGAAGCCCGAAUUGUCCCUUGUUGUCGUUUUGCGAUGAAACGAGGACGGUGAGCCCCAUUUUUAUUUGUGGUUUUUACUCGUCAUGGCUACACAAAAAAAUACAUAUUAAGGAGAAAAAGAUCUGGGCAGUAGAAGUUGUGUUUUUCAAGUUAGAUAUGAAUGACGCCAAACUCGGCAUUUAGAGCUACCGAUAAACAAACGGGCUCUAGGUUUUAAUAAAAUUCUUAAUUUUCAAUAUAUGAUGAGAAUUUUUGUCGGUCGUUCAAGUUUCCGCAUUUGGAGCGCAGCUAGGAAAAAACACUCAGAACUACGGGCACACAGGGCGAAAAACAAGCACGGUGACCACAUCUUUUUAUUGCAGGUUUUGAAUGCCUUUAUAUGGCUGACAAUUCAGUGCCAAAUUUGAAGAAAAUCUGCAUAGUACAUCCCAUUCAAGGGAAUUACCUUUGUCAGUGAAUAAUUCAGUCUAAUUACUUUGCAAUCUGUUAAAGAACACUUCACGCAAGUCAAGAUUCUAGUGUGAAUCGUAGUCCAACAACAUGUAUACCGAAUAUAACUCGGAUUCUAAAUAAAGCUCUCAUAGCCUUUACGACUGGCUGCAAGCCUGGGCCGGCAUUUCAACGGAUAUAAAUUGGAAAAAAAAUCAGAUACACUUACUCCGGCGCCUCAGCAGCCCGGGGGAGGUACUUUAGGAAUUCCUGGGUGGGGAUGUGCCGCUGGGACCCUGGAACCCUUAACCUAUACCAGAGCUAGUUCAGCUAAGUUUUGCUACCCUAUACUAGAGUAAACUCCCCAAAUCCCCCCCUAUCCUAGAGUAUCUGUUUUCCUAGUCUAGAUAAAAUCUUCAACCAACCAAUCAGUUUCCUGAAAAAUGAUACCCUAUUCUAGACCCAAAUAUAUGUUCUGAUUUUAUAUACCCUAUCCUAGAGUAAACUGCAUGAAAACCAUACCCUUCACUGCGGCACAUACCCAUAUAGCCUAUAUAUGGCGGUACUCUCCCCCCCAGGGCUCAGCAGUUCAGUUUUGGUCUGUUUUCGAGAUGUCCUUAUUAUUUUGUGAAUAACAUCUCAAAUGGUACAACUCAUUCUUCUUUACGUGUAAUCAAGCAGUAUCACUGGAAACAUUUCUUUAGGAGCGUUUUUUUUCCCUUCAAAUGGUACACGACGCUCAAGAUCCAAAGCGACGUUGACCGUCUAUUGUCACUGAACGCAACAGUGUACUAUCUCAUGUUGUUCAGCCGAUUCGUUUUAAAUUUGAUCAUUGUUUUGUCGCAGCAAAGAAAGGUUCUAAGGCUUUGGUGCCAGGAACUUCCUGUAAAGACAUUUUGGAAAGUGGUGACGCUCAGGGGGAUGGUGAGUGCUGGAUUGACCCAACAGCCUCAGGGGACCCCUUUAGAGUGUAUUGUGACAUGGUUACUGAUGGAGGUAAGUUCAAAUCACUCUGAAGGAAAGUUUGGUCAACUAAUCGUAAAAUUCUUGUCCCUUGAGCAAAAUGUGCUUUGCCCCGUCGCAGCUCACUGUAUUUCUUACACUUUACAGUCUGAAAGGACGAUCACAGGGUUCCGUAUUAUGUCUGUGCUUAACACGAUAUAUUGGACAUCAAUUGGACAUCCAUGUUAUGGUCAAUUGACAGCUGUCAGAAAAGAACAUCCGCUGACUAGAGACGCAUGACUGUAUCGCGUGUUCUGAUGUAAAGUUUCCAGUUUGUCUCCGAAAGCCACAUCGAACUAUAAUUUUUAGACAUAACUUUAAGUUUAUGCUCUUUCUAUAUUCAGGGCUUUAUUUCAAUAGCUUUAUGAAAUAAUGAUCAGCAUACGUUAAUGGGCCAAGAAAAUGUAAACAAGGAUUCCCCUAUAAGCCUGUCUAAAAUACUAUGAUAACAAGGGUUCCUUCUCGAUGUUGCGGAAACCAUAUUUUUCAUGUUUCCAUAUUUUCUAUCAUUCCAUCAAUUUACUUCUUAUUUUUUUUACUUAGGUGGAUGGCUACUUAUUACUCAGUACAUAGAGGGAAACCCUUCUCUUCUAGUUCAAUUGAACUCCUACAGACAAAUCCUUCCCAAGUACACUAUCAACGAGCAUUACUUACUACGAAGCGGCUUUAAUCAGCUUAAACAGGACAUGGGCUUCAGUCAGAUCCGGUUUUACUGUUUUAAGAAGUCGGUUGGCCGUGUGUUUCACAUCAUGACUAGCAACGAUUCCAAAGGAAAUGACGUGGUGAAGUUUUUUUACAACUUCCAACGAUUUACCUCAAGCUUGUGGUUCUUUUUGGCGCCUUCCAGAUGA